AUGGCGGCUGAGACGAAUGAGGCUCCUGAGGGAGCUCCAGCAACACAGGAUGGAGCGAAAACCGGAUCGACUCCAGCCAACGCAACCGCCAACGCUGCCACCACAGAGAAGCUCACAUCGGCCCAGCUAAAAGCCAAGGCGAAGGCUGAAAAGGCAGCGCGACGUGCGCAGGUGAAGGAAGCCAGAGCAACUGUUGGGACAGGGCCACCGGCACAGGACAAAGGGGCAGCUUCGGACGGGAAAGGGGCCAAGGGCAAAGGGAAACAGGACGGCCAGCAAACUCAAAGCAAGGGUGGGCCACCGCAGGCUCACCGACCGUCAAUCAGUGGGCGGCGGCCAUCCAUGCCGAUUGUUGAGAAGGAUGUCAGGAGUGGGAUCCCCGACUCCUUCAGCCAUUUGCCAAUGGCAAAGCGGAUACCGACAUCGCAGGCGCAAAAGGACGUGCAUUCUGCUGUCCUGGCUGUCGGCCAACAGAUGGCUACCUUUGCGCUCAACGACAGCAUAUCUCGUCUCAAGGCGACACUUUUGGCGUUUCGGAAGGUAAUCGAAUCGUAUGAGACACCCGAAGGGAACUCGCUAUCACGGCACUUUGUCCCACACGUACUGAACCCGCAGAUCGAAUACCUCACCGAAUGCAGGCCGAUGUGUUUUGCUAUGGGCAAUGCCAUCCGGCUGCUCAAGGGGAAGGUCAAUAAGUUUGACAUUGACACGGCCGAGGACGAGGCGAAGGAGGGACUCCUGGAGUGGAUCGACCUCCUGAUCAACGAACGGAUUACCAUGGCGGAGUAUGCCAUUGCCCGGAAUGCCGCUCAGUCGAUCAACGAGGGCGACACCAUCCUCACAUACGGCCGGCAUCGGCUUGUCGAGAAGACCCUUCUGGAGGCCAAGCACGACGGCAAGAUUUUCGACGUAACGGUCAUUGACGACCCGUUUGAGCGCGGUGGCCAGGAGCUUGCAAAGACGCUACGGCAUGCUGGCAUCCCCGUUUUGUACUCGCCAAACCUAGGCGGUCUGCGGCCCAAAGUCGCGGCCGCGUCCAACGUGCUCCUUGGGGGGGAGGCCAUCUUUGCAAACGGGUCGCUGCAUGCGCCAUCAGGGACGGCCGACGUGGCCAUGGCUGCCAUGAAUGCGGGUGUCAAGGUGAUUGUCCUUUGCGAGACGAUCAACUUUGACAGAGACCGCGUGUCGGUCGACUCGCUCACCUACAACGAGAUCGACCCGGAGAGAAACACGGCCGACUGCUUCCGGCUGUUGUUUGACAACACCCAUGACAAGUACAUCACGGGUGUCAUCACCGAAUUUGAGAGCGGCGGCGGAAACUCGCCUGCCCAAGCCAUCCUGGCUCUGCUGAGGAAGCAGGAGGACCCCUUAAUUGACUGA